AUGGAGAGUCAAGAGGAAAAGCCAGCCAUCUAUACCAUGGAAAACAAGCCGAUAGUAACAUGUGCUGGAGAUCAGGGCUUGUUCACGUCUCUUUAUACCUCACUGGCUCAGCAGCUUCCCAGGGAGCCGAUGGAGUGGAGGAGGACAUACGGUCGUGCUCCAAAAAUGAUCCACCUUGAAGCUAAUUUUGUCCAGUUUAAGGAGGAGCUCCUCCCGAAGGAGGGCAACAAGGCUCUUCUCACGUUCCCCUUCCUCCACAUCUACUGGACGGAUUGCUGUGACACAGAAACGUACAAGAGCUCUGUGAAGGAGGACAUGAUGCGUUGGCAGAACACCCUUCGGAGUCACAGCUCGGCGGACUGGGUCAUCAUUGUUGUUGAAAGCAAUGAAACCAAGAAGAAGAACAAGCCAAACAUCCUGCCUCGCUCUUCCAUCGUGGACAAGAUCCGCAGCGACUUCUGCAACAAGCAGAACGACAGGUGUGUGGUUCUAUCUGACCCCCUGAAGGACUCGUCCCGGUCCCUGGAAUCCUGGAAUGCCCUGCUGCUGAAGCUGCGGACUCUCCUCCUCAUGUCGUUCACUAAAAACCUUGGUCGGUUUGAGGACGACAUGCGCACUCUCAGAGAGAAACGCACUCAGCCUGGCUGGAGCUUCUGUGAAUAUUUCAUGGUUCAGGAGGAGCUGGCCUUUGUUUUCGAGAUGCUGCAGCAGUUUGAGGAUGCCUUAGUCCAGUAUGAUGAACUAGAUGCUCUUUUUACUCAGUAUGUCCUAAACUUUGGUGCAGGAGAUACGGCUAACUGGCUUGGCUCGUUCUGCGCCCCGGUGCGUAACUGGAGCGGCUUGCUGCUUCGGCGGCCCAUCGACAUGGAAAAGAGGGACAGCAUCCAACGAGGAGAGGCCAGCCUUUUAGACCUGAGAAGCUACCUCUUCUCUCGCCAGUGCACUUUACUUAUCUUCCUGCAGAGACCAUGGGAGGUCACCCAGAGAGCCUUAGAGCUGCUGCACAACUGUGUUCAGGAGCUUCGGCUGCUGGAGGUCUCUGUGAUCGACGGGGCGCUGGACUGUUGGGUGUUCCUCAGCUGUUUGGAGGUUCUGCACAGAAUCGAGGGAUGCUGCGAUCCGGUUCAGUUAGCCGCCAGCUGCUCCCAUACUGUGGGACUCUGGGCCUACGCUACAGACAAGUUGAAGUGUUUGGGUGAACUCUGUGGCCUGGUGUCAAAAAACGGGCCGACUUCUGAGGACCUGAAUAGAACCGUGGAUCUGCUGGCAGGACUCGGGGAUGAGAGACCAGAAACCGUCAACAGUUUGCAGAGUCCUUACAAAAAGCUCAAAGAAGCCUUGUCAUCUGUCGAAGCCUUCGAAAGGCACUAUCUUGAACUCUCUCAUGCUGCUAUGGAAAUGUACCAAGCAAUCGGCCGGCUGAGGUCCGCCAGACUGGUGGGGAAAAGCCUGGCCGAGUUCUACAUGAGGAAGGGCGACCCUGUGCGGGCAGAACCCUUCAUGAAGGAGGCUUUGAAGUCAUACGAAUCGGAGGGUUGGCGCCUUCCUGUAACGCACACCAGGAGGCAGAUUGCAGAGUGUCAGAAACUGCUGGGCAGAACAGAAGACUACUUGCGAACCAGUGCCUUGUUGGCUGGUGAUGUGAACCUCUCCACAGAGGAGAGGAAGCACUUCUGUCAGGAAAUUCUCUCUUUUGCUGGCCGGUCCGGAAACCCUUCCCACAAAGUGUCCCUCUGCAUGAAUGUUUUCGCUCAGUUGACUCGACUCCAGUUCCACCCUGCCACCGCCUCUGUGCACUCAGGAGCCGUGCUGCAGGUGGAGCUCACUCUCAGGUGUUUGAUGCCUGUUCCUGUGUGUAUUCAGCAACUAGCUGCUAGCAUUCACUUUGACGUUGAUCACGGAGGGACUCAUGGGAGGUCCAAGGGGGCAACGAGGCAAACAAACCAAGGGACAAUAGAGUUUAAACCGGGUACCUCAUCAGCAGGCCCUAACUCCUCCACAACUGCUGGUCCCACGCUAGAAAUGGACGAGAUUCAGGACAGGAGUCCCUCGGACAAUUCUCUCAGCUCUGUAGGAGUGGUGUGUAAAAACACUCACCUGAUCAUACGGCGGCGUGAAAACGGUUCCCCACCGGAGACGCCCAACUGCGUCAGCCCGCCGACUGUGGCCAUGAAGGAAGGAGGACAGAUGCUGAAGGUGCAGAAUGUCAAGCUGGAGCCUGGAAACAACAGCAUCACCUUCACAGCUCCCAGUGGGCAGCCAGGUACCUACACGUUACGUCAGCUGUGCGCCACAGUUGGGGAAGUACAGUUUGUUCUGUCUCCUAUUUACCCAUCGGUCCGAUAUGAAGUAUAUUCUCAGGAGCCCCAGCUCACAGUGGAGCCACUUUCAGAGCCUCUGUUGGCCGGUAUGCCUCAGUUGGUAAAGUUCACUUUGCUGACGGGUCACUACACUGUGAAGAAAGGAGAUGCUCUGCAGCUCAGCAACACGGAAACCAUGCCCAUCCUGCCGUCCUCCAGCUGCACGGCGCGCAUCAGCAGCCCCGAUGCCGAGUUAGUGGGUGAAAGCACCUUGUCCAUCCAGUCGUCUGAAAAGGUGACCAGCAUCAGUCUACCUCCCACUCUUCCCUACCAAGUUCUUGAGUUCCAGCUCGAGGUCUUGUGUAUCAUCCCCUCCGGGUCUGAGCGGCCAGCCAACGAGAGGCUGACCAACGGGGAGGUGCGCCAUCGACCCCGCAGCUACAGCCAUCCUGACACCCCAAUGACCGCCAUUGACCAAAGGAUGUCUAUCGACUGUCCGUGGUCGAUCUACUCUACUCUGCUUGCCCUCACCUUCUACAUCCCCUUUAAGACCAAACACUCACUGCUUUCAGCAGGUAACAGAAAGUACAUCCAGGUGUGUGUGCAGAACGUGUCAGAUAUGAACUUCACACUGACAGACAUGAAACUGACAGAGAAGCAGCAUUCAUCUUUGGAGCUACAGUCCUUAAACACUAAAACAAACCAGCUUCUCUGCAGUAAGCACAGCGUGUUUUGCUUGUGGGAGGUGAGGUGGAAGGACGACCUGCCCUCCUGUCUGCAGUGUGUUUUCUCAGCCAACUUCUGUCCACUUAACCAAGACGCCUCUGCCUUCAAGCCCUUCCACUACCAGUUUCAGCUAGAGAGAGUCACUACAUUGUACAGCGUCAGAGCGGAGAUCUUGCCGCCUCCAGGCGAGCAGCACUGCCGCUCUGGUUUAGUCUGUGGACUCGAGGUGUGUAUAACGCGACUGACUGAGCCCUCGGAAGGAGAGAUAGCUGAGGACAGCAAAACUGACACUGAUGGACUCAAAAACACCAAGCUUAUGUAUGAAGUGGCCGACAGCAGCAGUAACUGGGCCGUGUGUGGGAAGAGUUCUGGGAUGGUGUUGAUGCCUCUGAAGGCCAACGCCACGCACAAGGUGCAGAUCGAGGUGAUGCCGCUGUUCGCAGGUCACCUGCCCUUCCCCAAAAUCAAGGUCCUAAAGUACCUGCCACACAACGCUGCAGCGGCCAUCCAGCCAGACCCUGACAGCUGUGUAGAGAACGACAGUCUGUCCCUGCUGGACAAUACGCUGGACGACCAGGCAGACACGGCGAGCAUCCGCAGCCGAGGCAGCAUCCACUCAGUGGGCAGCAGCGACCAGCAGCAGAAGGGCGUGGCAAUGCCGCGCCUCGAACCCUUCAGCCCGGGACAGGUGUUCAAUAACAGCCACUCACAGCAGGUUCUGGUUCUGCCCACCACCGACGACCACAUCAUGGAGGUCAACGCCACAUGACCCUGGGGCUGAGGCUACCCACGCUACCAGUUUUGGGGGACUUCACCCUCCCAGCCUCUCUGGAUGAACUCGUCUGAGCGACAGAGCGUGUCCGGGCCGGGUCUGUGUCUAAGACCGCCGACAGAGACUCGCCCACCUACGCAUGAAAAGGUUCAAUUCACUAAAAACAUGACUCACUGAGCAGCGAAGAGCCAACAACAUCUGAAGAUAAAUUUAAAUAAAAACAUGUUCCUUGCCAUACUUUGUACAUAUCUCACCGAAUGGAUUUAUAGAUAUAAAUAUAUAAAUAUAUAUAUGAACUGAAGAAUCA